UUCUUCACUUAUUAUAUUUAUCAAUGUUUUAACAGCGUGCACUUCAAGAUUCACGUGCCCGAAAUAAUAAAACAUCACAUUCAUACGAAAACUGUGUUCAUACACAUUCACAAACCGGAUAUUUCGACGGCACCGAAGAAGUCCAAGCCCAAGGAAGAACCAAAGAAGAAGAAGACCCACAAGGAAAUACAUCACGAAGAUUGGAGUUCCUGGAGCACUUACGGCUAUUAUGACGAUCACGACGAUAAAUCGGACGGUGAUUUCAAGAAUCAAGAGGAUGAUGUCCACAAAGAGGUGACUCAUAAGAAUAACAAUCCCUUCGCUCAGUAUCACGGGGAUUCUUACAUGCCCCCGCACUACGACAAACCUGAUUAUCUGAAAGAACAGCACGACGACAACAUGGGCUACUCGUAUCCGCCGCAGUACGAAGUGAAGGAGGACGUCAAGGAAAUAGAUAACAACGACAUCGAGCCCUACAUGCACACAUAUGAGGAAGGUUAUCAUAAGGGAGGCGAGUCCGUUAUGGGACACACUUAUUCGGGUGAUGUGACGAAAUUCUACGAGGACAAACACGAGAAAGGCGAACACGACAAGGGCGAACACUCGGCUGAACGGUAUCAUAAUGAGUCGGGGGAGAAAACCCAUGCAGGUCGUUACUUCGUCGAUGACUCCGAAUACCAGCAAAAUAAAAAAACGGUGAAGCGUAUGCGUCCUAAGAUUUUUGUGCAAUCAUGAAGCAAUGGAGGAUCAUGAAUACAGAGACGUGCCAAUGAUAGAUGUUAAUAAAAUUCCCAUUCCUCAGUGAGGAGUAUUGGGAAAUAAAAAGGUAGAAAAUUUAACGAUAUUAAUAAAACAAUUUUACCGAAAAAAUUAUAAGUUCUUUGAUUUUAAUCAUCAUAAUGGCAUUCAAUAUCCAUAAAAAUGAGCAACAAAAAUUUACAGAUAAAAAUUAAUAUGUAUUAAUAAAAAAAUUAUGCGUUACUUUUAUGAGAUAAAUAAUUAUAAUGGUUAUUAAACUAAGAUAUACGUACACAUAU